UCCAAAUAUUUAAUGUCUGCUUCUAAUAACUUUUAAUUUUGGUAAGAGUAGAUCUUAUGAGCUUUUGUGUAAAAUAAGGUAUUUUUAUUAAAAAUAAAAAUAAAAAUAAAAAUUUUAAUAUUUUAAAACCCACGGAAUUACCAUCCCGAGUUUGAAUCGAAGAUGGGAUGUAAGUUAUAUAAUUAGGACAGAAAUGGGAAUAAAGUAGGGUUUCUUAUCCAAAAUCCAUCUUGUAUCAUUCCUACUUAUAUAUCAUAUUUGAAAAAAAUGUAAAAAAUAAAUUGUCUAAACAUUCUAAUACUUGUGAUGUUUUUUAAAUAUUUAUUUUAAUAUCAAAUUUAUUAUUAAUUUAUUCAUUUUAAUAAUAAUAUGAUUUGUAUGAAUAUGAAAAAGACAAAAUUAAUUUUGUUUUUUUUUAAGUACAGUAAAUUGAAUAAUUGAGGGGAAUUAAAUUCUAGGUAGGGACAUGUCUUAAGAAUCAUAUAGGAAGACCCCAUGUGUAACAUGGUUUGUAGUUUGGUUCAAAAGAAAUGACAUUUCUCCACUAUAUGAUAGAUGGAUGAGAGUGAUAAAAAUGGCAAAUUUUGGAGUAAUUAUUGGUAAAAGGAUAAGCGUUAAUGAAAUUCGAAAAAUGGUAAGUAAAAAAUAAAUUAAAAUUUAAAAUCGGGAAUUUUUAGAACAAAGGGGUGUGUUUGGUAGGCCACAAAAACGUCUGUAAAAACACCCCCUAAAAAGAAAGAAACGGCGCAGCAUUAGACUUGCGGUGGCGCGGGGUUGGUUAACGCGAGAGAUGAAAACGACGUCGUCUCUUCUGGUGCAACAAGGCAAGCCUGUAUUGAAUUCAACCGCACAGGUGUUCGUUCAACCUUGCUCUUCCGCACCCACCCCUCAUCCACUCUCCGCAAUGAUUUCCACUUGAUUUCUCCAUUUCUGAGUCUUUUCCAUUUUUCUUGUGGAAAAAAAAAAUAAAAAAAAUAAAAGAAAAAAAGGGGGGAAAAUGGGAUUUGGGAAUUGAGUUGAAAAGCGGUUUGUGUGGCAUGGAAAGUGGGAUUAUGAAUUGGAAUCCCAAUUUCGUCGAAUGCCGAUUCCGGUUGCGGUCGGCGUUCGAUCCCUUCUCCAUAGCUUCCGAGGCAUUUUCCGAGCACAACUGUUUUGAUGCGAUUUUUACUCGAAUUCCAAUGCCAUUGGAAAUCAACCAAUAACCUCAUUGAUUGAUUCCUCUGCAAAAAUACUAACACUAACAAUACUAAUAAUACCCUCUUUUUCCCUAUCUUCCUGGUAGCUGUUUGAUUCCGGAAUAUAAUGAAUUUUAGGCAUGGUUUGGUAAUGCAAGGGGCUGAGGACGAGGACGAGGCCGCCUAUGUCGAGAAAGAUCCCACUGGUCGAUAUGUUCGGUUCAAAGAAAUAUUGGGCAAGGGCGCAUUCAAGACUGUCUAUAAGGCAUUUGACGAAGUUGAUGGAAUAGAAAUCGCUUGGAACCAAGUGAAGAUUGACGAUGUCUUGCGGUCACCAGAAGAUUUGGAAAAACUAUAUUCUGAAGUUCAUCUCCUGAAAUCAUUAAAACAUGAAAAUAUUAUCAAAUUCUAUAAUUCCUGGGUGGAUGAUAAGAAGAAGACUGUUAACAUGAUUACUGAGCUCUUCACGUCUGGGAGUCUAAGGCAAUAUCGAAAGAAGCACAAAAAUGUUGAUAUGAAGGCUAUAAAGAAUUGGGCAAGGCAGGUUCUUCGAGGUUUGGUGUAUCUUCACAGUCACAACCCACCAAUUAUUCAUAGAGACUUAAAAUGUGACAAUAUAUUUGUCAAUGGAAAUCAUGGGGAAGUUAAAAUUGGAGACCUCGGACUGGCAAUUGUUAUGCAGCAGCCUACUGCUCGAAGUGUUAUUGGGACUCCCGAGUUCAUGGCUCCAGAGCUUUAUGAAGAAGAAUAUAACGAACUUGUCGACAUAUAUUCUUUUGGGAUGUGCAUGUUGGAGAUGGUUACUUUUGAGUAUCCAUAUAAUGAAUGCAAAAAUCCGGCUCAAAUCUAUAAGAAGGUUACCUCUGGCAUCAAACCUGCUUCUCUUUGUAAGGUGACGGAUCUCCAAAUUAAGGAGUUCAUUGUGAAAUGUCUGGCUCCAGCAUCUGAAAGAUUACCUGCAAAGGAGCUUCUCAAAGAUCCAUUCUUUCAAUCUGAGAAUCCAAAGGAGCCGAUCCGUGUCCCUUUGCAGUUACCUUCCCGAAGUCCCAAAUCAAUAAUUCUAUCCAAAUCUGGGCCUUUCUCCAUGGACAUAGAUCCUGACCAUCCACAACUUUCUUCAAGCACAAGUACAGAAAACAAUGGAAGUCCAGAUUUUCCAGUCUUGGAAUUUCAGAGGAUGUACAAAAGCAGUGAAUUUAGAUUGAGGGCAAAGAAAAUUAAUGAUAACUCAAUAUCAUUAACUUUGCGUACUGUUGACUCGUAUGGUCCAGUGAAGAAUAUUCAUUUUCCCUUUUCACUUGAUACUGACACUGUACACUCUGUAGUGGGUGAGAUGGUUGAACAACUGGAGUUAGCAGAACAUGAGGUGGCCUUCAUAGCUGAUUUUAUUGAUUACGUGAUAAUGAGACUUCUGCCCGGUUGGAAGCCUCCACGUGAUGAUCCCUUAGGUGGAGCAAGGAGUCCAAAUGCAGAGCCUCCAGUACUUGGAAAUGGUAACAACCAUGAUUGUACUAUUUCCCAUGGUGAUGGUAAUUCUUCUCCAAAUUUGGCUAAUGCAGAAGAUCAGGAUUCAUUGGCAUCUGCUGGUUUGGUGACCCUGACUGUAGAUGCUUCCAAAAAAAAUGAUAAAACGGUGGGAUUUGGAGAUUACAAUAUUGGUGGCAACUAUAAAGGUUCAAAUGGUGGGCAUGCCUCUGAACAGGAGUCUAGGGAUCCAUACCAUGAAGACUACAAAUUGCAAAGAAAUAAUAGCAGUAUUGAGGAAUUUACCCCAAUGAACAAAUUCCAGAAGAGCACGGUAUUGUCUUUCGAUGAUUUAAGUGGACUUUCUAAUGUUAGGAGCUUGACUUGUAGUUGCUCAUCUCUGUCUCUAGCAGACAUAGAUCAGGAUCCUGGGCUAAAGCAGGAGCUUGAUGCUAUUGACUUACAGUAUCAGCAUUGGUUUCAAGAGCUUUCUAGGAUGAGAGUAGAGGCAUUAGAGGCCACUAAGAAGAGAUGGAUGACAAAGAAGAAGCUGGCUGUUCAAUGAAGGGGAUGGAGUAAUACAAAUUUUUUUCUCCCUUGCAAUUAAGUUGUCUCACUGCAUACAAUGUUCAUUGGAGUUUUUAUUCAUAUGCACAUGCUUGGAGAGCCAAUUUUCUGUUAGUCUCGCUUGAGUGUAUAUAUGAUUUCCGGGAUUCAACUAAAUCUAUUGGAUGACUAUCUAUGUUUGUACUCU